AGUCAAGAGAGGGCGGCUUUGCGUUAGCACCAUAGUACAUAAACAUAAAUCGGCGCCGCGGCGAACUGAUCAGCUGAUCGGCAGACGGUUGUCGAUGUUGUUUUUCCAUCCAAGCUGAUGAUGAUGACGACUUUCCGAUUGAUGUUUCCAUUGACUAUCCUCCUCAUUUUCUCUGUGAUUGUGACUGAGCAUCCUGUCCUAGCAAAGACCAAGAACAACAUAAGAUAUGAGGAGCCUAAGUCCAAGAUGCAGCCUCACAUUAUCAUCAUUCUAGCGGAUGACUUGGGCUGGAAUGAUGUUAGUUUCCACGGCUCCUAUCAGAUUCCAACUCCACACCUGGAUGAGUUGGCCUAUAGUGGUGUGUUGCUGUCCAAUUACUACGUUUUGCCCAUCUGCACGCCGACACGGAGCGCAUUAAUGACCGGCAGAUAUCCAAUCCACACGGGUAUGUGGCAUAGUGUCAUCAUUGCAGCAGAGCCAUGGGGUUUAGGUAUGGAUGAAGUCAUUCUACCUCAAUUAAUGAAGCAACAAGGGUACCACACCCACAUGGUCGGAAAGUGGCAUCUUGGUUUUUUUGAUGAGGAGCACAUCCCAUCCCAGCGUGGUUUUGAUUCUUACUUCGGUUACUACCUUGGCAAGGGUGACUAUUGGACGCAUUAUGACACAGAGGACUCGUUCAGCGGUUACGACUUCCACAAGAAUGGCAGUGUCUUCAAGUCUGCCUACGGCCAGUACUCUACUGAGCUAUUCACUCAACAAGCUGAAGAUAUCAUUGCUGCACAUGAUAAAUCAAAGCCACUAUUUUUGUAUUUUGCACACCAAGCUGUUCACAGUGGCAAUGAUGCCCAGCAUGCCCUGCAGGCACCAAUGCAGUACUACGAUCGAUUCCCCAACAUCACCGACCAUAAACGACGGAUGUUUGCAGCCAUGACAGCAGUUAUGGACGAAUCGGUCGGCAAUGUCACCCGUGCCUUGAAGCAAGCAGGCCUCUAUGACAACUCUGUCAUCAUCUUCUCGACAGACAACGGUGGCCCUGCUCAUGGCUUUGACUUCAAUCAUGCCAAUAAUUACCCACUUAGAGGAACCAAGCAUUCUCUGUGGGAAGGUGGAGUCCGUGGCACUGCCUUUGUGCACAGCAAUCUCCUGACGAAACCGGGCCGUAUAUCACAUGACCUGCUCCAUGUCAGUGAUUGGCUGCCUACAAUUUACAACUUGGCUGGUGGAGACAGCAGCAAGUUGAAGAACCUUGAUGGCUUUGAUAUCUGGCCGACACUUUCACGGGGUGUGAAAUCCCCAAGGUCUGAGGUACUCUUGAACAUUGACACAAUAAGUGGUGUCUCUGCCCUACGCAUUGGAGACAUGAAGAUCAUGUACGGUGACAUCGAGCAUGGGAAAUGGUCAGGGUGGUACAAACCUGAAGGACUACCUCCACACUAUGUGCCUCCUCCUCCACCUGCUGGAGCAUUUGCUGUUCAUUGUCCACCCAAACCCAGCAAUGCUUCAACUAAUUGUGAUCCCUUUAAAGCAGCCUGUCUGUACAACAUUACCAAUGAUCCCUGUGAGUUUUACAACCUUGCAGAUUGGAAUCAAGAUGUUGUAGCUUCAAUGACUCAGCGUCUGAAUGAAUACAAAACCACUAUGGCACCAGCACGUAACAAGCCUAGCGAUCCUGAUGCCAAUCCUGAUCUACACGGUGGAUACUGGGUUCCAUGGGUGAAAAAUGACUAGCCUUGCCAACAACUUGGAGGUUUUCUAAUUCAGAUGAUACAGUGGACUUGCAGACUAAUUUGGAAAUGAAAAUACACUAGCCUGAUGAUGUCACGCUUUGUGAGCUUUGUGUGCUUCCUUUGAAGCGUUGAGUCUGUUGUCCAUAUCUGGCUCCCAUAAGAUGGCACACAACAAACUACAUAGAUUUGAUGAGUGCAGACUCUCAGGCAUGAAUGGGCGUGUUACUCAUAGCCAGGACCUCUGAACAAAAUAGGUCCAUCAUAACCUCACUUCAGGAAGUAGAGACCUUGCCAAGUCCACACAAUCUUUCUCCUUGUGGAAAAACAGUAUUGGAGGAAUUUAGAAUAAUAUUUAUAUUGUGCAGUGACACCAUACACAUACUCAACUGUGCAUUGCAAAACCCAUUCCUUGCCGAGACCCAGAGUACAGUACUUGUAUCAGGAAAAGCAUCCAUGAAAAGAUCUGAUUUUUACAAAGUUUUAAGUACGUCAACAACUUUUACAGUUUACAUGUGAAACAAUAAGUUAUUCCAAAGCUUGGUAGCAGCAUAAACAAAGGAACGAUCUCCAAGAGUAACCUUAGCUCUACUAUAAAUAUGGUCAAGUGUCAGCCUGUCCCAUAAACUGUGCAGAUUAUGUGACUGGGAUUUGGGUUUAUCAGCUGAGAGAUGUAACUUGGUGCUAACCCAUGCCAAGCCUUAUAUGUGAUCAGAAGUAACUUUAAUGCAAUUUUUUGUUGAAUAAGCUACCAAAGUAAUUUGACUAACGGGGUAAAA